CUCAGUUCGAUCUCCUCCAAGACAUAGUUGUAUAAGAUAAUGGAGAGGAAUAGGAGAAGCUGGUCUUGGCCUUUGCCUUUGUUUUCUGUCUUUCUCAUAGCACCACUCCUUUUCAGCGUGCUAAUUGCCACAACUUCAGUUGAGGCAAGAAAGCACCACCACAGCUACAAGAACACCCAUAACAGGCCUCACACUAACAAACACUCCAACCACAGAAAAGGAAGUGACAGUGGAGGCUUCAAUCCGCCUGCAGACUCAGCAACGGAUUCCACCACUUACAACGUUGUGUCCUUUGGUGCUAGAGGUGAUGGUGUUACUGAUGAUUCCCAGGCGCUUGUGGGUGCAUGGAAAGCUGCUUGCCAGCUCCCUGGGGCUACAGUGAAAAUCCCAUCAGGGUUCAGGUUUCUGAUGAGGCCCGUAAAUCUGCAAGGUCCGUGCAAGGGUGAGCUCACUCUUCAGAUAGACGGAACUCUGCUGGCUCCUUCGAGAGUUGGGGAUUGGCCGAAAUCAAGCAUGUUCCAAUGGCUCAACUUCAAAUGGGUCCAGAAUUUCACCAUUCAAGGCAGUGGAACGGUUGACGGACAAGGCUCCCAGUGGUGGACUCCUUCCUCCCUCUACUACGUUCAGGUCUCGUUUCUCAUCUCGCUUAAAAUUUCUCCUACGAGCACUUCUACUGCUUUGAGAUUCUAUUCCAGCCAUGGCGUGACGGUGCGCGACAUCAGGAUCGUGAACAGUCCUCAGUGCCAUCUGAAAUUCGAUUACUCUGGUGGGAUCAAAGUUGACAACAUCACCAUCUCUUCCCCAGAAAACAGCCCAAACACCGAUGGGAUUCACCUUCAGAGCACACGAGAUGUCGAAAUUCACCAUUCCAACAUUGGAUGUGGCGAUGACUGUGUUUCCAUUCAAAGUGGCUGCUCCAAUGUCCACCUUCACCACAUCAAUUGCAGCCCAGGGCACGGGAUAAGUGUUGGCAGUCUAGGGAAGGACAAAAGCGCGGCAUGUGUCUCCAACAUCGUUGUUGAUAACAUCUCACUCCGUAACACUCUUGCUGGUGUCAGGAUCAAGACAUGGCAGGGAGGAGUUGGGUCGGUGAAAAAUGUGAGCUUCACAAACAUUCAAGUGUCGGAUGUGAAGUACCCAAUCAUCAUCGACCAAUUUUACUGCGACAAGCAUCGCUGCGAGAACCAGACGGCAGCAGUGGCGAUAUCGGGCGUGAAAUACGACCAGAUCUACGGGACGUACACAGCGCAGCCAAUCCGUCUAGCCUGCAGCACAACGGUGCCGUGCGUGGAUGUUGAUGUUGCCGAUAUCCAGCUGAAGCCAUCCAUCGCAGGAAUUCCAUCAUCGGCUAGUCUGUGUUGGAACUCGUAUGGGAAAUCCCAAGCUCCUCUGCUGCCUUCCAGCAUCGACGGCUGCUUGAGACGGGACACUGCGUAUGUGAAAAGAGUUGCGAGGUCACAUGAACAUGUCUGUUAAUAUAGGUCACGUAAUAAUAACUAAGACGCCUUCAUUUCGUUUUUUUUAACAGUGAGCAGGCUCAAGUUGUUUGUAAUAACCUCUUUCUUUUUUGGGGGUUUUUUUUUUGUGAAAUAUAACAAAGCUUUUUCUU